AUGAAGACUAGGUCAUCCGCUGCUCAGGCGGCCGCGUCUAAGGCAAUGCCCCGCGGUCGCCGACUCAUGCAGGGUCGUCGUAAUAAGACUCCCGAUCCUGAUUCAAAUUCCGAGUCAGACUCGCUCCCCUCUGUAGCUCAACUUGCUCAAUCUCGUAAGAGACAAUCGGGUGCAGAAGACCUACUCCCAACGAAGAAGUCUAAGGUUGACAAGAGUGAGAUUCAAUCGCGAAAGAGAGAUUCGGAUCAAUUAGAGCUUAAAGCUUCCGACCUUCCUACCCCUCCUAACAAGAAGACAAAAGUUGACACGCCCAAGAAGCGUAAGGCUGAUGAUGAACUUGAGCGUGAUGAGAUUUAUGAAAUCUCCGACGAGGACUCUGACGCCGAAGACUCUAAUCCCGACGGACUUGUUGAAGAUCUCUCUAAUGUCCUCGAGUAUCUCAACACCUGUACUGUUGAGAAUCUGGGCCGCAUGAUUGGUUCUACAGCGGACGCCCAGCUGAUGAACAGCUCCCGACCUUUCAAAUCCAUUGCCGAUGCCGAGAAAGUCUCGCGACAAGACAAGGCUAAAUCAAAGAAGAAGAUUAGAAUAGUCAACGUCGGCGAGAACAUCGUAGAGAGGCUAAAGUCCUGGUUACAGGCAUGCGAAGCAGCAACGGCCGUCAUCGACGAGUGUGAUAGAAGAGGAGCGGAGAUUAAUAGUAUCAUGUCCACCUGGAAUCUUGAUAAGAAUGGCGAGUCUAAGGGUGAGGCAGCCACUCUGGCUCGACUACCGAUUGAAGAGAAGCCGAAGCUGAUGGGCGAGAGCAUCAAGCUCAAGUCCUAUCAGAUGGUUGGGCUCAACUGGAUGGACUUGCUGCGCAGGAAAGGUUAUGGCGGCAUCCUCGCUGACGACAUGGGUCUUGGUAAGACCUGUCAGGUCAUCUCAUUCAUCGCUCACCUAGUCAAGUCGGAGCGUGAACCGGGUUCCAGGACGCCUUGGCCGAAUCUAAUUGUUGUGCCGUCGAGUACCUUCGAGAACUGGAUAAAGGAAUUCGAAACGUUUGCUCCUGGUGUCUCGGUCUUGGCGUACACAGGCUCAAGCCGUAGAGGAAUUUCUCCUAGAACCGCAAAGCAGCACCACGUCGUCUUAACGACCUAUCCGCAAAUUGAAAGACAGCGCGAGGAUCUUAAGUUCCUCCAGGCCAUAGAACCAUAUGCCGCCAUAUUCGACGAGGGCCAUAAACUCAAGAAUCAGAGUACCCUUAUUUACAAGCAGAUGAUGCGGGUACCGACCGAAUGGCGUCUUAUCCUCAGCGGUACGCCUGUACAGAAUAAUCUAAAAGAGCUUUUAACCAUCCUCCGUUUUAUCGAACCUGGCAUGUUCGACAAGGACAAGUUCGAUGCGCUCAAUACAAUCUUCGAAGCAAAGGUCCCCAGCAAAGAUGUCCUCAACUUUGCAGCGCUUGCAUCAGAACGUGUCGAACGUGCCCGUGUGGUCAUGGCUCCGUUCAUUCUACAGAGACGAAAGGAAGAAGUCCUCGCUUUACCUCCUAAGACGGAGCGCCUUGAAAUCGUGGGGAUGCAUGAAACACAGAAAGAGAUCUAUGAUUCGAUCAAAGGCAAAUAUGUACUACCGAACGGCGUCAAGAAAGCUAAAAAGGAUGCACAUCAAUGGAUGUCACUCCGAAAGGCAGCAAUCCAUCAUCAAUUAUUCCGCCAUCAUUUUACUGAUGAAAAAGUCUUGGAGAUGGUAGAGAUUUUGUGGAAGCACUACCCCGCUAAAGAACUCGGUGUCGAGAGUAAGGAUGAACGCUACAAGCAACGUUUCAUAGAUACUGCCUUGGACAAGACCGACUUCCAACUGCACCUCGAUUGCAAAUAUUUCAAGCGAAUCCGACAUUUUGAUAUCCCCACUCGAUCAUGGGAGGACAGCCCCAAGGUUCAAAAGCUCCUAGAACUUGUACGCGGCUAUAUGAAGAACGGAGAUCGUGUUUUGGUAUUCAGCCGUUUUGAAAUUGUAGUAGAUAUCCUACGAGAGGCCCUACACUAUGCAGAUAUCCCAUAUUGCUGCAUUACAGGAGCCACCGAUACGGCAGAUCGGUUCCCGGAGAUUCAGCGCUUCACGAACGACCCAGAUAUUCCCGUUUUCCUCAUUACCACCGUGGCCGGCGGCACUGGACUGAACCUUACCGCGGCGAACAAGAUCAUCCUCUUCGACCAGUCGGAUAAUCCGCAAGAAGACGUACAGGCAUCCAACCGUGCCCACAGGAUCGGACAGACGAGGCCAGUAGAGAUAAUACGUUUCAUCACAGAGAAGUCGGUAGAGUGCCUCAUCUACAACUCUUGCGUCAAGAAGCUAGUUCUUGCUGCCCGCGUCGAAAGAGUAUGGGGCGUAGAAGAAGAGGAAGAAUCUGUGGAAGAGCAGUGCAAGAAGCGUAUGCUCUUAGGAGACGAAGAAUAUGAGCCGAUCGACCUCCCUGAAGCACUUGAAGCACUUGAGGUACCUGGAGCAUCCGAGACUACUUAG